AUGAAUACCCUUGCUCCUAACCUUCAGCUACGUAAUUGGCGAUUAGGGUUUUCAUUUCUCUCACUACCGCCAGCGAGAAAGGGAGCCGCUGUGUACUCCAUCGACACCAGCGAGAAUGAUGUGGUGUCUAUUCCAAAAACCAAUGAAUAUUUCCGUCUCCUGUACGACACCAAGGGCCGAUUCCGUCUUCACAUAAUCAGAGAUGAGGAAGCUAAGUUCAAGCUUUGCAAGGUCCGUUCAGUCAAGUUCGGACAAAAAGGCAUUCCUUACCUCAACACCUAUGAUGGGAGGACCAUUCGCUACCCGGACCCGCUAAUCAAGGCCAACGACACCAUCAAGAUCGACCUUGAGAGCAACAAGAUUGUCGAUUUCAUCAAGUUUGACGUUGGCAAUGUUGUCAUGGUGACAGGUGGCAGGAACAGGGGACGUGUUGGGGUGAUCAAGAAUCGCGAGAAGCAUAAGGGUAGCUUUGAAACUGUCCACAUUCAGGAUGCAACUGGGCACGAGUUUGCAACUCGUCUGGGCAAUGUGUUCACUAUUGGGAAGGGCACAAAGCCAUGGGUGUCCCUUCCCAAGGGCAAGGGUAUUAAGCUGUCCAUCAUUGAGGAGGCUAGGAAGAGGCUUGCAGCCCAGGGUGCAACUGCUUAG